AUGCCGUCUCCCACAACGAUCAGCUUGGCUCGCAAGCAAGUUCUGCCUCUGAAGCCCAAGUCGUCCAACUACGUGCAGCGCCUCGAGAACAAGCCCAAGGUUAGAUUUUUUGCACCUUUUUGACAUGAAAAUCGUGAAAGUUUGGAUUCGAGCUAUUCUAUAAGUUUUCUAAUGGCGUGUUUAUUGGAGAAACGGAACAUGCUUCAAAACGAAAAAUCAUGUUCAUCGGCGCGCCAAAGUUGCUCCAAAACAGUAUUUUUAUUUUGGAGCAAUUUUUUUUGCGUUUCGCAGCAAUUUUCGUUUUGUCCGAUGAACACGCCAUAAAUUUUUUUUCAUACUUCUAUUGCUUUAUCAAGUUUCAGCUCUUUAAAAUCUAUUACAGUCUUCUCGAAUUUCAAGUGAUGACGUGCCUGUGACAACACUCGAAUUGAAGAAAAAGAAGAAAGUAGAGAAAAAUACGAUCGUCAAUUUGCUCUACCGUAAGCCAGAUCACAACUCCAACAAUGGUGAAAUGGACUGUCAUUCACCCAGGUAAAUCGACUUUUUCAAGCGUAACACCUUUCUAAUUGAACUGAUCCACGAUAAUUGCAUCCCACGAUAAAAAACAAAGUUCGAAAAUCCCUAAAUAUUUUAUUUGUGAGCUAAUGUAUUACCAUAAUCUGUGAACAUUUCGCAUCGCACAGUACACAUUUUAACUGACGCGCGAAUUUUUAAAGAUUUUUUGAUUUUUUUUUUCCUAACUUUUAGUUGUUUCAGAGACAAGCGUGCGUCGUCUCCAACGUCGUCGGGAUAUGCCACCGAUACCUUGAUUGACUUCGAAAACCACGAGAAUGACGAUCACGUCUUCCACAACGUAUAUUUUCAUUUGUUUACCACAUUAUUAAAAUUUUAUAUUCAGAGCCUCUACGCGCCUCUGAGGGUGUGUGAAAUGUGCUUUGGCGCCGCCGUCGCCGACGCACAAAUUAACGGCAUGCCAAUUCCAUCAUUGGUCAACGGCCCCUGGACCAACCACGAAUCUGCCGACCACUUUGCCAGUGGGGACCGUUUCGCGUCAGUUUUUUUGCUUUGUGCCGUGUUCAAAGUAAUUUCCGCGAAAUGCAAAAUACCCGUUAGAGAAAGGAAAAUAUCACUAAAUUUUGGAGAGUCAGAGAUCAUUUUGCAUUUCGCGGAAAUUACUUUGAUCACGGCAUUGAAUUAAUUUUCGAUAGAUCAGACUUCAGUUUUUUUAAAAAGAUAAUAUUUUUUUAUUUAGGUUUCUAACAAACAUCAUGCAAACGGAGAAUUUGUUCUAUUAA